CAGAUUCUGAGAGAGCAGGAGGGAGUGGAGGAUCUACUGUGGCGCAGCUGAGUCAAUUCUCAUAGAAGAGCUGAUGCGGCGGCUUGCUAUUGGACUCUAUCAAAUCCUCGGAGAGUCCGUAUAGCAGCUGCACAAUCAAUACAAACAUAAACUUGAAGAAAAGGAUUGGGUUCUGUUCGGGGAGUCCUACGAACCUCUCAAAGGUAUCCCAUUUCCAGUUCUUCAAUUCAAUCUCCAUCUUCAGAGCUAAGCUCCUCUUCUUCAACUGGGUGACUUUAAAUUCUGCAUUUCUGUGGCUUUUCAUUGAGGAAAGAGCGGCAGCAGCAGCAGCAGCAGCAGCAGCAGCAGGGCAACUGUAAAAUUAAUGCUUAUGUGAACGCUGGCAACUUAUUUGAGGAAGAUACCGAAGUUCAAUAUAAAGGAUGGAAUGGUUCUGGCAACUAAUGAGAACCUAAGCUCGGUAGGCCAUACAGAAUAAUGUUCUCUACCAGCAACAUCAUCUCUUGCAACUUCCCUCACCUGCCUCCGAAGUCCCUUAACACAACUUCUCACCACCGGACUCCCAUAAUCUCACAACCGACAAAUUUACACUCAUUUGUUCAACCCUACAUAUAUGAAACUUUGCUUAACUCAGUCAGUGGAAAGCACUUCCUUCAGACUUGUGGCAGCUUCUUGGACGGUCAAGAAUCAAAAUUUCCAGAAGUGAGAAGGGAAGCUUCCUCAAAAAGCGAGCUUGCCGAUAACGGAGAUGGAGGGAAAGGAAAGGACUGGACAACUUCGAUUUUGCUGUUUUGCUUGUGGAGUGCGCUCCUCUAUUAUGUCUUCAAUCUCGCUCCAAACCAAACCCCGUCCAGAGACAUGUACUUCCUGCUAAAGCUCUCAUUUUUGAAAGGAGAUGAUGGUUUUAAAAUGAAUGAAGUGCUCGUGUCUUUGUGGUAUAUUAUGGGAUUAUGGCCUUUGGUAUAUAGCAUGUUAUUGUUACCAACAGGCAGAAGUUCAAAGAGGAGUAUUCCAGUGUGGCCUUUCCUAGUUCUUUCAUUUGCCGGUGGGGUCUAUGCUCUUCUUCCCUACUUCGUUCUUUGGACACCACCCUCACCUCCUACAGAAGAGCAUGAAUUGAAAAAAUGGCCGUUCAAUUUUCUCGAGUCGAAGAUAACCGCUGCCGGUUUGCUAGCUGGGGGACUAGGAAUAUUCGGCUAUGCAGCUCUAGCAAAUGCUGAUGUGUGGAAAGAGUUCUACCAGUACUUUCGAGAAAGCAGAUUGGUCCAUGUCACAUGCCUCGACUUUUCUCUGCUGUCCGCAUUUGUGCCCUUUUGGAUUUACAAUGAUAUGACUUCUCGCAAAUGGUAUGAUAAGGGAUUUUGGCUUCUUCCGCUCUCAUUGGUUCCCUUUCUAGGGCCAGCUCUCUAUCUCGUUCUACGACCAACGGUGUCGGCAUCACUGAGUUUAUCAGGCCCUGCUGCUUCCGAACAAGAAUAGAGGAACAAAUCUACGAAUGUCAGAAAAACAAGGUUCUCCUGGUUUUAUUUCUAUUUUGUUAGAUUAAAUACGAAAGAAUUCUUUUUUGUUAGAUUCCAUAUGAAAGAAUUGCCCAUGUAACGAAUUGGCAGAGGUCACAUUUUGAUUGAACAAAGCGCUAGUGUUUUGGUAAAUUCUGCAUAUCGACAUUUCUGUAA